GCAGGAGCAGGAGGAAGCGGCGCGGCCGGGGCAUCGUCGUGCGCCCGGGAUGGCGCCGCCACCGGCAAGGCCCCGGCCGCCACGGUGGCGACGACGGUGAAGAUCGUGCUGAGGAGGAAGGACGCGGAGGCGCUGGUGGCGAGGCUGAACGCGCAGGGCGCGCGGGAGCGCAAGGCCAGGAUGGCCGAGCUCAAGGGCGAGCUCCGCGCUGUGGACUGCGGCGCCAGCCCGGCGUCGUGCUGGGACGCGUGGAGGCCGCGGCUCGCGCCGAUAAAGGAGAACUAGUUUUUGGCGCGCGCAGCUUGCUAGCUUAGUGCCCUUCGUUGUUGCUGCGGCCGAGUAGUAGUAUUAGUUCUUGCCUUCUUGGUCACCCGACUAUGUGCGUUGUACGUGCAGUGGGAAGUGGUGGCAACUAGUUGGGAUCAGAUCAGCAUACAUGUUCGCUGCAGUAUUGUGAAUUAUGAUCGAUGUGUACCCCUGGUUCAUUAACAAGAUCAUCGGUGGAGUUUGAUUUUUUAA